UCUUCAAACGGUGAUUUCUCCGCCGUCCGACCUCCGUUUUGCUCACCGUCGGUCCCGUUGGAUUGCUCUCCUCACGAUCUACAAAUCUGCAAAAUUUCACAGCAAACGGCCACCGUCGGAAAUUACUGUUCCGGCGACGGUUGCCGGUGACGUGGCGGCCGCCGGAAAGUACUGUUCCGGCGAGUACCCCGAAAAUUCCGGCCAGCUCCAGUCCGCAGUGUUCGACCUCCUGAACCCAAAUCCGACUUCCGUUUCCACCAAUUCGCGACGGUUUGGGAGAAUUGCGGAGCCGAAACCCGAAAAGCUUCCCGAUAAAAUUCCGACCCCGUCGGGUACGAUCAUCGGAAAUUAAGACCGGAUCUGUGAUUAGCAUCACUCGAGCUUCGAUUCGGUGCACGUGCAAGUAGCGGAGUCGAUCCUGCGGAGGAUCUUGAUUGAGAUACGUGCACAAGUAAUCGAUUACGAUGAGUCGGCGGGACACACGUAGAACUCGGGAACGCUCGGCUGAGAGUUCCGGGAGUCGAUCAAGCCUUAGAGAUCUGGUCUCUCAGCUAACUAGAGCCUUAGGAGGUUCAAGCUCUAGUAACCGAUCCGUGGAUCAGGCUCGACGUUUAGGAGCCGUGGAGUUCGAUGGAAGCCAAGGCCCAGCUGCAGCCUUGAAGUGGCUAUCCAGCAUGGAGAAAAUCUUGGAAGAGGGAAUGCAGUGCCCCGAUGAGGAUAUGGUGAGGAUUUCUGGGUUCAUGUUAGAGGGAGACGCCCGGAAGUGGUGGCAAAUGGAGAAGACCCGCAGAAGGCAUACGUGGGACCAGUUCAAGAUUGCCUUCUCUACUGAGUUCUGUCCUCCUGCCUACCGUGAGGCGAGAAGGAGAGAGUUCGAGGGACUGCGCCAGGGAAACAUGACGGUGACAGAGUACGAGAGGAGGUUCCGGGAGCUGUCAGAGUUCUGCAUGCACUUGAUUCCCGACGAUCACGCGAAGAAGGUGAGGUUCAUAGACGGGUUGAACGAGAGCAUCGGCUACACCCUUUCUGGGUCAGUACACCCCACCUAUCAGUCCGCCAGGGAUGCAGCGCUCGAGCUAGAGAGACAGGCGGAGAUACACAAACCCUCGAGGCGCAGACCGUUCGAAGGUUCGUAUAGCGGGGUACCUCGACAGGGGGCAUCUAAGAAGAGUCAUAGUUCAGGCUCAGACAGUGGUGGGUUCAGCCCUCGAGGCAGAUUUCAGAGGAGAGGCGGCUAUCGUAUGCCCCAACCAGCGCGCCAUUCCAUCAGCGGCGGCACGAGCUCAUAUCAGCACUCUGGGUUUAGCCCCAAGCCAUUCUGCAGACGUUGCAAUAGAGCACACCAUGGGAUUUGCCAGUUUGAGGGUGUGUGCUUUCAGUGUGGACAGGCGGGACAUAUUAAGAGAAAUUGCCCUUAUGGAGAGGCGGGAGUGUUAGGGGCGAGCCCACCAUCACAUCAGGCCAGUGGAUCGCGGGGUCAGAGUUCCCGAGGGAGUUAUGCAGUAGGAGGUUCAUCGGGAUCAGUCCCACAGCCUGUUGGACCGAGCAGGGGUAGAGGACGGAGGCCCCAGCAGACAGGGCAGGGUCGAGUGUUUGCGAUGACGCAGCAGGAGGCCCUAGCUACACCGGACGUCGUGGCAGGUACGUUGAAUAUACUUGGUAAUGAUGCAUUAGUACUUAUAGACCCGGGAGCAACACAUUCAUUUAUCUCCAAGGAAUUCGUCACUCGGGUCGGUAUGACCCCUACUUCUUUAGAAUGUCUAGUAGAGAUAGCCACUCCUGCAGGAGAAUCCUUGUGGCCUAGCCAGUUAAUCAAGGAAUGUUUCUUCUGCAUCGAAGAUCAAGUGAUGGAGGCGGACUUGAUCCUGUUGGAUCUGUCCGGACUUGAUGUAAUUUUGGGCAUGGAUUGGUUGGCAAGGAACCAUGCAUCUGUAGACUGUUUCAGCAAGGAAGUUACAUUCAGGAGGCCAGGGUUGCCAGAAGUAGUAUUCCGUGGAGGAGUUGGAAGGCCCUUACCGAGGUUGAUAUCUACCUUUACCGCCAAGAAGCUACUGAAUAAAGGUUGCCAGGGGUAUUUGGCUCAUGUGAUAGAUACCCGAGUAAGUGGGGUCAGGUUGGAAGACAUGCCCGUUGUGAGGGAUUUCCCGGACGUGUUUCCUAAGGAGUUACCAGGAUUGCCUCCGGAAAGGGAAGUUGACUUUCCCAUUGAAUUGAUUCCAGGCACCGUGCCUAUUUCUCUACCACCGUAUCGGAUGGCUCCAGCGGAGUUAAGGGAGCUAAAGGUCCAGUUGCAAGAUUUGGUAGAUAAGGGGUUUAUUAGACCAAGUAUAUCGCCGUGGGGAGCCCCAGUUUUGUUUGUAAAGAAAAAGGAUGGUAGUCUAAGGCUGUGUAUAGACUACCGACAACUUAAUAAGGUCACCAUUCCUAAUCGCUAUCCGUUGCCAAGGAUAGAUGAUCUAUUCGACCAACUCCAAGGUGCCAAGGUGUUCUCCAAGAUCGACUUGAGGUCGGGAUACCAUCAGUUAAGGAUCCGAGAGUCGGACAUUCCUAAGACUGCCUUUAGGACGAGGUACGGACAUUAUGAAUUCCUAGUGAUGUCGUUCGGACUCACCAAUGCCCCAGCAGCUUUCAUGGACUUGAUGAAUAGGGUGUUUCGUCCGUACUUGGAUCGUUUUGUCAUUGUAUUUAUCGAUGACAUUCUGAUCUAUUCAAGGAGCCAAGAAGAGCACGUGAGGCAUUUGAAGAGAGUGCUCCAAACUUUAAGGCAGCAUCAGCUAUAUGCUAAAUUCGACAAGUGUGAAUUCUGGUUGAAUCAAGUGGGUUUUCUCGGACAUAUCGUGUCGGCAGAAGGUAUCUAUGUGGACCCUGAUAAGGUAAAGGCAGUGUUGAGUUGGGAGCGCCCUACCACUGUGAGGGAGGUACGAAGUUUUCUUGGAUUAGCGGGUUACUACCGUCGUUUUAUUGAAGGGUUUUCAAGGAUUGCCGGGCCGCUUCAUAGAUUGACCCGAAAGAAUGUUGAAUUUAGUUGGACGGACAGGUGUGAACAGAGUUUUCAGGAGUUGAAGCAAAAGUUGACAUCCGCACCUGUUUUAACUUUACCUGAUGGGAAUGAAGGUUUUGAAGUUUAUUGUGAUGCAUCCCAUCAAGGGUUGGGUUGCGUGCUAAUGCAGAAUCAAAGGGUGGUAGCGUAUGCAUCUCGGCAAUUGAAGCAGCACGAACAGAAUUACCCUACGCACGACUUAGAAUUGGCGGCGGUAGUCUUUGCUCUAAAGAAGUGGAGGCACUACUUGUAUGGGGCCACGUGCCAAAUCUAUACCGACCACAAGAGCCUCAAGUAUAUUUUCACUCAGAAGGAGUUAAAUAUG